CUCAGCCUCGGGUAUUUCCGGGCGGUAGCGCGGUGGUUACUGUGUAACUGUGGAUCCGAGUCUCAAUGGAGAGUCGGCCGCCUCCGGCCAAGAAGUUCAAAACAUCGCAACCUGUGUGUGGUCAAAGGCGGAAUAAUGCACUUUUGCAGGAGAUGGAGAUCGAUCAACAGCGGAGAGAACUGCCCAUUUACCGGGCUCGGGGAAAACUCCUUGGACAACUGCGGCAGCUGGACACGGCGGUGAUUAUAGGUGAGACAGGUUCUGGGAAGACGACACAGAUUCCACAGUAUCUGUAUGAAGCUAGCAUCGGGCGACAGGGUAUCAUUGGCAUCACGCAGCCCCGACGUGUGGCAGCAAUAUCACUUGCAGCUAGAGUUUCAGAAGAAAAGAAAACCGAGUUAGGCACAUUGAUUGGAUACACUGUCCGUUUUGAAGAUCUCACCUCUGACAAGAGUAAAAUCAAGUUCUUAACUGAUGGGAUGCUGCUUCGAGAGGCUAUUGGUGACCCACUCCUUCGCAGGUACAGUGUGGUAAUUCUGGAUGAAGCCCAUGAAAGGACUGUUCACACUGAUGUUCUCUUUGGCAUUGUGAAAGCUGCACAGAAAAAACGGAAGGAACUCAGCAAAAUGCCGCUGAAAGUACUUGUCAUGUCUGCCACAAUGGAUGUUGAUCUCUUCUCUCAGUACUUUGACAGAGCACCUGUUUUGUAUCUGGAGGGGAGGCAGCAUUCCAUUCAGGUCUUCUACACAAAGGAAUCCCAGAGUGACUAUCUCCAUGCUUCUUUAGUAUCAAUCUUUCAGAUCCACCAGGAAGCACCACCUUCUCACAACGUUCUCGUUUUUCUGACUGGUCAAGAGGAAAUUGAGGCCAUGAGUCGAACAUGCAGGGAAAUUGCCAAGCACCUUCCACAAGGCUGUGCGCAGAUGUCAGUAUUCCCUCUGUAUGCAUCACUCCCUCACCUGCAGCAGCUUCGAGUCUUUCAACUGGGACAGAAGGGCUGCCGUAAAGUGAUUCUUUCCACAAACAUCGCAGAAACAUCGAUCACCAUUCCAGGCAUCAAAUACGUUGUGGAUACAGGCAUGGUGAAAGCCAAGCGCUACACCCCUGAGAGUGGGUUAGAGGUCCUUGCUGUGCAGAAAGUUUCAAAAGCCCAAGCAUGGCAGCGAGCUGGGCGGGCUGGACGGCAGCAGGCGGGAAUCUGUUACCGACUGUAUACUGAGGAAGAGUUUGAGAAAUUCCUCAACGUGACCGUACCAGAGAUACAGAGAUGUAAUCUGGCGAGUGUGAUGCUUCAGCUGCUGGCCCUUCGGAUACCCAACAUCUUGACAUUUGACUUUAUGUCAAAACCAUCUCCAGAUGCAGUGCGGGCAGCUAUUGAACAGCUUGGGCUACUGGGUGCAAUCGAGUGCAAAGACAGCCAGAUCAUUCUGACACAACUGGGCAAGAAAAUGGCAGCAUUCCCUCUGGAACCCAGAUUUUCCAAGGCUGUCCUGCUGUCUCCAGAGUUUCAGUGUUCUGAAGAGAUCUUGACCAUUGUUUCAUUGCUUUCUGUGGACAGUGUCCUGUACAAUCCACACACUAAACGGGAAGAAGCUCACUGUGUGAGAAAGAGAUUCAUCUCAAGCGAGGGAGAUCACAUGACCCUACUGAACAUAUAUCAGGCUUUUAAGAAUGUAGGAGGACAUAAGGAAUGGUGUAGAGAGAACUUCGUGAAUGGCCGAAACAUGGCAAUGGUAACAGAAGUUAGAUGUCAACUGCGUGACAUUUGUGCAAAGUUUGGAAUUCGUUUGGAGUCUUCUCGUUCAAACACCAGCAAUAUCCGCCAGUGCUUGGCUCACGCUCUGUUUCUGAAUGCUGCAGAACUGCAGCUGGAUGGGACAUAUGCAACCCUGGACACCCGGCAGCCUGUAGCUAUCCACCCCUCCUCAGUCCUCUUCAACUGCAAACCUUCCUAUAUUUUGUACAAUGAAUUAUUGCACACAUCCAAAUGCUACAUACGGGACUUGUGUGUAGUAGAUCCUGAAUGGCUUUAUGAGGCAGCCCCAGAAUAUUUUGGCAGAAAGUUAAAAGGUGUAAACAGCUAAUGCAUCGGAAAUAAUGACAGCUCCCAGUUUGUCUUUUGUAGAUGGGUGCAUCGUUGGUUUUCAGUAGACAAAUAACCACAUGAUUUUGCACUAAAAUAUCAGUCUUUUUAUAUUACUUGCAGAGUAGUUCAUAUAUGAAUCAACAAAAUAUAAUGUAUUAUUGGCCUUUUCUGAUACAGCACCAGGAGAAGAAAUGGACUGACCAACCGUAUUAACUCUCUUAUUUUCUACUAUCACGUGUUUUUGUUGUCAGUCAAUGGUGGAGUCAUGAAAUUAGGUUUUAAUAUUGUUUUUACACAGCUGGAAAGAAUUUAAUAAGUCAUCUUUUUUUUUAUCAUUUCCUUAAACUGAGAGAUCUCUGGGAAAUUCAGAAGUGCAUGAGGAUCUGUCCAUGUAGUUUGCUUGGGGCAUGCUUUGUCUGCACAGUGCAGUUAGGGGCGUGCGUGUGUUUGUAGUUUAGCCACUUUUAUGUUCAUACCUUUGUAAUUGCUUUCAUUUAAGUUUAAAACAGUAGAUUCAGACCCAGAGUCUCAUGUUCAAACUGAAUAUAAAAUUCACACGCUCUGAUCACAUUUCCUUUGAGGAUUCUUUAGCAGUGUAUAAAAAUAAGUAAUUUGCUGCAAUUCAUUAAUUUCUGUCUUAAAGCCAUUUCUUUUCCAGGCCAAGUCAGUAUUCUUUCCAUUCAUGUGAGCCUAAAUUUUUUUGACCAUUCUUUUCAUGUGGAGUUUUGUCAGUUAGAUUAUUUAAAUAUGAGCCUUAAUUGCUAUCUGAGCAAAUAGGAUGGGCAAUAAAUGUGACCUGGUCAGUGACACCCACAGUUUGUCAAUGAACCAAAAAAAGUGCCUUUUUUUUUCCACCUGAUUAUUAUUUCUUAAAGCCUACCCACCACUUAUAAUAGACUGACCAGCUUUUAAUUUUUGAGCAAGGUUCCUUCAUGAAUAGGAGAAAGUGAGGUCUGCAGAUGCUGGAGAUCAGAGCUGAAAAUGUGUUGCUGGAAAAGCGCAG